AGAAUAGGGAAGAGGGAGGAAGGACGAGGACCGGGGAGGAGGCGGGCGCAGGAAGGGGAGCCAUGUCGGCGCUGGAGUGGUUCGCGCACAAGCCCCUGGGUGGGGGCGUGUUCUGGAUUCAGGAACGGUUCUACGAGUCUGGUAACCGCGCCAACAUCUGGCUGGUGCGGGGCUCGCGGCGGGACGUGGUGAUCGACGCGGGGCUGGGGCUGCGCAGCCUCCCCGAGUACCUGCGGGCCGCGGGGCUGCUGAGCGCCGCCGCCCCCCGCCCGCUGCUCGCCGUGGCCACCCACGUGCACUUCGACCACGCCGGCGGGCUGCGGCACUUCCAGGAGGUGGCGGUGCACAGCGCCGAGGCCAGGGCGCUGCUGCGCGGCGACAACUACGAGGAGGUGACCUGGCUGCGGGACGGAGAGGUGGUGCGGGAGCCCCGCCCCGGCUGGAGCGCCAGGGGCUUCAGGGUGCCCCCCGUGAGACCCACCCGACUGCUGCAGGAGGGGGAUGUGAUCAGCCUUGGAGACCGACAGCUCACUGUCAUGCACAUGCCUGGUCACUCCAGAGGCAGCAUCUGCUUACACGACAAAGACCGGAAGAUUUUGUUCAGCGGAGAUGUGGUGUAUGACGGAUCCAUGAUUGACUGGCUUCCGUACAGCAGAGUAAGUGAUUAUGUCACAAGCUGCCGGCGCCUCAUGGAGCUAGUGGACAAAGGUCUCGUGGAGAAGGUGCUGCCUGGGCACUUCAACAUAUUUGGGGCAGAACGGCUGUAUCAGUUAGCGUCCAACUACAUCUCACAAGCUGGAGUUUGCCACAAGGUUUCUACCUGUGCCAUGAGAUCCAUUGCAAGCGUAGUACUUCGCAUUACAAAUCCGAGACGCACUUCUGAGUGACAGUGUUGUGUGAUCUGUUCCCUGCUGAAAAACCUACCCACUUGUGGCUUGUGAAAGUGUUUGUACAAGCAAAAGCAGUGUGCAUUGGUAAAGAGCUGGCAAAGUGAUACAAGUGAGCUGCAGAAAUUCUCCCUAUUUUUGCCUACUUUAUUCCUAUUUUUAUAAAAAACAUGUAAGCUUUAGCCAAAUCUGAUAUUUUUCUUUCUGUUUUUUUUUUUUUUUUUUCUGGGUGUGUCCGCACAUGUAUUGUGAUUGAAAUGUACUGUUUUAUUUUUGUUAUGAUUCUGACAGAUGCGUAUAUGCCAAAAUGAGAAAUUUUAUAUUUGUGCCUGGAACCUUGUUGAUGUAGCAUGAGGUUUGUGACUGUUUGCUCAGCUCCUGCUCAGGUUGUGAGCACAACUAGCACAAGCCUGACACAGCUUGUGCUAAGUUGUGGUGUGUUAGGUAAGCAGGACACAAUAGGUGGAAAGAGGCUGUUCUGCAGCUGCUGUUACUAUCUGCUGCACCCAACACAGCUUGCGUCUUUGCAAAGCAUUUUCCUGACAGUUUUCUUAGAGUCCAGUAACACAUGGAAAUGCUGUAGACCAAACAUCCAAGCUGGAAGGUAGAGAUGCAUCUGCUGACCCUAAAAAUUCUUCAUUUGGAUUCAACAGCAGAUGGACUGCUGAGGCUUUCCUGCUUCCUGAUGUGAUGCAGGGGCAGAAGAGCCAGAAUGAUCACUUCUCAUCCUCAGCUAGGAAGCUAUUCUGCUUGUGGGCAUCCAAGUCAGGAAUUAAGGGAUUUUGUGAAUUAGUUAAUGUGUUAGACUAUUCUGUACAAAGUCAAUUGAGCCCUUGCUUGAUGUGUUUGGUGUUUUUCAGAUGAGCUCAUAAAAUAGAUGUUACUUACAGAGUACACUGUUCUGUAAACCUGAGGGAACGGGACAGUGACAAGCUUAAAGCCUUUAUUUUUGUUUAUGUGACUGGAGUGUAAUAUGAUUGUCAAUGCUCUGUGGCAGGGGAAGUAUGUAGGCUUUACCAUGCCUAAUGCUGCCACAGGUGCUGGAUUAAACAGCCGUAACAGUUGUUACGCAAAGUGAAUGUAACUCACUCAGACUGUUCACUGUUUGCUUAUGAGGUGUUCAGUGCAUGUGGUUAAGAGAAGUGAAGUGCCCUGCUUUUGACUCCAUUCCAAGGACAAGUUGAAUACAUUGAGAAGUGCUAAAUGACAUUGUAACUUGCUUAUAAAAAUUGUUUGUGUGAUGUUUAAAACCUGUUGAAAUGGUUAGAGUUUGUGUAAUUAUUCUAACAGUCUCUCUAUAUGAUAUUUAACUUUUUUAAAAGGACACUGUCUGAUGUUAUUUUUGUAUGUAAUAUGUAAAAAGAGUGUAAAUGUUUUUCCUGAAUUUUAGUGGCAUUUAACUUUAUUUUAUUUGUUUGGCUUUCACUUUAUGGGGAAGCAUUUUUCCCCCUGUAAUCAUACCCAAAAGAAAGGGACCCCAAAGUUUGGGCUCUGUCUAAGGCACGGGGCAGUGGGAGCUGAUAGUCCUCUCAGCAGAUGAAAAAAAGAGCUUCAAAAUAAAAAAAGCAUCUCUGUCUAAAAGUUAGAAGAAUAUCUUAUGUAAUGCUUUCCAUCUUUCACAGAUCACUGUACUCCUGCCUUUAUUAUUUUACUAUACUCUUUCUGGGGAUUUGUGCUGAUAGGUUGUGAUGUGCCUAGUUCUUGUUAGCAGUGCCUACCUCCAAGUUGAGGAAAAACUGAAAGAGGGCAGGACAGGUGUAGCAAUUCAGCACUUGAAAGACCAGUUAUCACUCGGAUCAUAGUACCAAUUUUGCAGAAAUCCAAGUACUCAUUUGACUACUCGUUUGACCACUGGGUAGAUUCCCGUCAUAAAUGAAGCUAAGAGUUUUUUGUCUUGGUUUCAUUUGGCCAGAGGAAGGAAUACAAAUGGUCGGCCUGGGAAGCAAAAAAGCCAAUCUAUGAGGAGGCCCAGAGCAAACUCCGCGGUGUAGUUUCCCCUUUCAGCCUGGCAACGCGUGCUGCUGUUUAUGUAGUAGCCCUGACACUUCUCUUGAUAGCCAGGGGUUCGCAGUGCACAGCCACAGAUCUGAGGUGGCACGUGGGGAAGUCAGAAUGGCUGAAGAAACCCAGAGCACUGAGGCUCACAACAGUUAUCCAGAUGAAGGCAUGGUGUUACUGGUUACUCAGCAAUAACUGCUAAACUUUCAAUUAGCCAUCUGGCAUAGCCAGUAGCAGUCUUCCCCUGCUUUGUGAAGGCUGUAGGACCACUGGUGAUAACCACAUGCCAUAAAGUGGACAGAGAGAGCUCUUCUGUCACAAAGCCUGCCAACACACCAGUGGUGAAUACUUUGCAAGUGUUCAUAAGAAGGGUGAGAUCAUGUUAAAUUAGAAUUUCCUGUUAUAUCACUAUUGGUUUGUUUAUCUGACCCAAUACUAGAAGCCCUGUAGCCAGAUUUUACUGUAUUGUAAGGUCUGAGCUCCUACAAGAAGGCUGACAGAAAGAUUUCCUCCUGAAAGGAGGUUGUAAUGAGAUGGGUGCUGGUCUGUUCUCCCAAGUGACAAGUGACAGCAUGAGAGGAAAUGGCCUCAUGUCGCACCAGGGGAAGUUCAGAUUGGAUAUUAGCAAAAAUUUCUUUAUGGAAGGAGUGGUGAAGUACUGUUGGAGGCUGCCCAGGGCAGUGGCGGUGUCACUGUCCCUGGAGGGGUUCAAUAAACAUAGGCGUGAGACUUCAGGACAUGGUUUAGUAGGCAUGGUGGUGCUGGGCUGAUGUUUGGACUGGAUCUUGGAGGUCUUUUCCAACCUUAAUGAUUCUAUGAUCUGUGGUUUGUGUUUAAAUCUGUGCUUAGCUUCAGCUGCAACAUCCUUCAGUGUCUGGAUCCCUAUCCAAAUGCCCAACUAAGCCAAGCUUAAAUCCAGUAGGUAUACAUAGAUAACAGCAAUUGUCUGUUGUUUUUUUUUUUUUCCUUAACCAAAACUUAGGGGAUAAUUUCAUAGCUCAGAAGUGAGCUUUAUGUGAACAGAGCCCAAAAUGGGGCACCUUAGUAAACUGCUGCUAUAAUUGACUUGAAAGUACUUUUUGAGAGUCUCUGAAUUAUUUUUGUAUUAUAAGAGUUCACUACUGGGUAAAUGAUAAUGUCUUAAGUAUAAAGAAUGGGCUCUGAAUAUUUCUGCUAAGAAUUAGCAGGUUUUAAGAGUAAGAGUUUGACAGCAUCCCUUUAACACUACUCGGAUUAAAUAUUUAAACAGAUGUAGUAUGUUUAAAUAUUGCAACAUCCUGCAUCUUUAGAACUAUGUUAUUUAUUUAUAAAAUUUAAAUGUGUAAUGCCAUUUUCAGUAGACUGGGGAACUGACAAAAAAAUUGGACGGGGAGUUUGCUGUGUUAUCUGUGAAGACUUUUGUGAUGUUGAAGAGUCUAUACAUAAGUAAUUAUUAUAAUAAUAAAUGUUAUAAUCCUA